AUGGUAUAUCCGGUGCUAAGGAUGAACGCCGCAAGACGAGCGCAUUACGCGAAAGCUUCUUGUUAUCUGCAUUCGUUAUGCAUUCUAUUGAUAUGCUCUGCAACAAUGCACUUAUUUGUCGUUUCAAUUUAUUUAAUAGGACGUUCAGUCGCAUCAAGUGAUAUUACUGCUGAUUGGUCACAUUGCACAGAUAAAAACUGCUUCAUACCUCCAUCUUGCUGUCAAUUGAAUCAAAUUAAGUGCUCGUCUAGAAUCGUCGAGCAAAAGUUUGUUCGAGACAAAGAAUUUAGCUCUCAAAAAGCGGAAGAAUGGUUUUAUAGCGAAGGUUGUGUUAAAAACAUAAUCAGCUCGAUCAAUCCAUCGAUGAUUCUGGCUGUAUCGAUGGUGAAUGUCAUUGUGCAACUAAUCACAUUAGUUAUCUCGCAAAUUACUGCAACCGCUCAAUAUGCGUUUCGAGAAUGUGCCACUGUUGCUUGUGAGGAUGAUAUCAUUGUACCGGCAUGGAUUUCACCUUUCCCGUACAACUCAUCUGAGCUACUGAUUACGAAGAGUAGAGAACGAAUUGCGAAACAUCGCGAUUUCCAACAGGAAUCGUUAUCCGACUCAGAGGACAACGCUAAUCAAAAGGAACAGGAAAAGGAAACCUGA